AUGAAACUGAUAGAGCGUGUACUUGACACCCACAUACGCGAGAUGGUCGAUAUCGAUGGUAUGCAGUUUGGUUUUGUUCCUGGUAGAGGUACGACUGAUGCAAUCUUCAUCAUACGCCAGCUACAGGAAAAAUACAAUGCAGCAAACAAGCCACUGUAUAUUGCCUUCGUCGACCUUGAGAAAGCAUUUGAUAGAGUUCCAAGAAAGGUCCUCUGGUGGGCUCUGAUGAGUCUAGGGGUUGAGGAAUGGGCAGUUCGUGUCAUACAGGGUAUGUACACAGGCGCCAGGUGCCGUGUGCGUGUCAACGGACAAUAUAGCGAGGAAUUUGGAGUCGAAGUAGGGGUGCAUCAGGGUUCUGUUCUUUGUCCCCUGCUUUUCAUCCUUGUGCUUGAGGCUCUGUCGAGGGAAUUUCGCGCCGGGGUUCCAUGGGAGCUGCUCUACGCUGAUGAUCUUGCUGUGAUCGCGGACUCAUUGGAGGAGUGUCUCUCCAGAUUGAAAGGUUGGAAGGAUGGAAUGGAAAGCAAGGGGCUGAGGGUCAAAAUUAAGAAGACAAAGCUCUUGAUCACCGGCCCUGGACUGAAUCUUCUGCGCGAUGCGGGAGCAUAUUCCUGUGCGGUAUGUAGGUGUGGAGUGGGAGUGAACUCGAUUGAGUGUACCCAGUGCAAACUGUGGGUGCACAAAAAGUGCAGUGGCAUCAAGGGAAGAAUCACCAGCAACCCGGACUACGUUUUCCCGAGAUGCAUGGACCAGGCACGCCCAAUUGAUGGAAGACAUGUUACCCAGGUGGUCAUUGAUGGCUCACAGCUUGAUGUUGAGGCCAGCUUCUGCUAUCUGGGUGACACGCUAUGUGCUGGGGGAGGCUGCGAACUUGCCAUCAUCACCCGAUGCUGCAUUGCCUGGAGAAAGUUUAAGAAGCUCCUACCAAUACUGACGUCGAAACAAGUUUCCCUUAAAAUCCGUGGCACCGUGUUCAAUGCUUGUGUCCGUUCUGCUAUGUUACAUGGUAGUGAAGCGUGGGCACCAUCCGCUUCUGAUCUACAACGACUUCGUAGAAACGACAGAGCAAUGGCCCGCUGGAUCUGCGGCAUCAAACCUGACGACGGAGUCCACACUGACAUGCUGUAUGGCAAACUAGGGAUACCAGAAGUCACUGCAUCACUGAGAGCCAGACGCCUGAGGUGGUAUGGGCAUGUCGAGCGUGCCACCUCUUGCAUCAAUUUAAUCUCGAAGAUGGCCAUUCCUGGUGCUAGAGGUAGAGGGAGACCAAGAAAAUCAUGGUCUGACUGUAUUAAGGAUGACCUGCACACCUGUGGAAUGGGAGACACUGACCCACAGAACAGAGGAGCGUGGAAAUCAGGGGUUAGACGCUCUAGCCGCCUGCUGCCUACCCCAACUACUGGGACUAAUCCCGCAGCAGAUGACAAAUAA